ACGAGAGCUUCGAUUGUCCUGGCUGCCCCCUUCCGACCCAGGGAAGUGGCGGAACCUUGACUGCGCCCCGGGAGGGCUCAGCACUAAUCAAGGACGUCAGGGCCCGAAGGGCUGGGGCCCGGCCGCAGAGCGGAGUUGGCAUUUCCAGAUUGGGGCUCGGGCCGCCCCUCCUCCAGGACCCUCCCCUCCGGACCGCGCAGGGCGCCGCGGGCGAUUCGGGCUGGCUCUCCUGGCGCGGGCUCCAGUGGAGGAGGUUGAGGGGGCAGUUAGCCCAUCCACCUCCUUGCUUUCAUCCACCUCCCCCAUGACUGGGCUCCUGACCUGGGCCUGGGCUCCUGAUCCAGGCCAACAGCACCGACCUGAGAGACUAAAAGGUGGACAAGUCCUAUUUUCAAGAGAAGAUGACUUUUAACAGUUUUGAAGGAUCUAAAACUUGUGUACCUGCAGACAUCGAUAAGGAUGAAGAAUUUAUAGAAGAGUUUAAUAGAUUAAAAACUUUUGCUAAUUUUCCAAGUAGUAGUCCUGUUUCCGCAUCAACACUAGCACGAGCUGGUUUUCUGUAUACUGGUGAAGGAGACACUGUGCGGUGCUUUAGUUGUCAUGCAGCAAUAGAUAGAUGGCAAUAUGGAGACUCAGCAGUUGGAAGACACAGGAAAGUAUCUCCAAAUUGCAGAUUUAUCAAUGGCUUUUAUUUUGAAAAUACUGCUGCACAACCUACAAAUCCAGGUAUCCAAAAUGGUCAAUAUAAAGCGGAAAGCUACCUGGGAAACAGAAAUCAUUUUGUUUUAGACAGGCCAUCCGAGACUCAUGCAGACUAUCUUUUGAGAACUGGACAGGUCGUAGAUAUUUCAGACACCAUAUACCCGAGGAACCCUGCCAUGUAUAGUGAAGAAGCUAGAUUAAAGUCAUUUCAGAACUGGCCAGACUAUGCCCACUUGACCCCAAGAGAGUUAGCUAGUGCUGGACUCUACUACACAGGUAUUGAUGAUCAAGUGCAGUGCUUUUGUUGUGGUGGAAAACUGAAAAAUUGGGAACCUUGUGAUCGUGCAUGGUCAGAACACAGGCGACACUUUCCUAACUGCUUCUUUGUUCUGGGCCGGAAUGUUAACAUUCGAAGUGAAUCUGAUGUUGUGAGUUCUGAUAGGAAUUUCCCAAAUUCAACAAAUGUUCCAAGAAAUCCAGCCAUGGCAGAUUAUGAAGCACGGAUCAUUACUUUUGGGACGUGGAUAUACUCAGUUAACAAGGAGCAGCUUGCAAGAGCUGGAUUUUAUGCUUUAGGGGAAGGUGAUAAAGUAAAAUGCUUUCACUGUGGAGGAGGGCUAACUGAUUGGAAGCCCAGUGAAGACCCUUGGGAACAACACGCUAAGUGGUAUCCAGGGUGUAAAUACCUGUUAGAAGAGAAGGGACAAGAAUAUAUAAGCAAUAUUCAUUUAACCCAUCCACCUGAGGACUCUAUGGUAAGAACUGCUGAAAAAACACCAUCAUUAACUAAAAGAAUUGAUGAUGCCAUCUUCCAAAAUCCUAUGUUACAAGAAGCUAUACGAAUGGGAUUUAGUUUCAAGGACAUUAAGAAAAUAAUGGAGGAGAAAAUUCAGACAUCUGGGAGCAACUAUAAAUCACUUGAGAUUCUGGUUUCAGAUCUAGUGAGUGCUCAGAAAGACAAUACACAAGAUGAAUCAAGCCAGACUUCAUUGCAAAAAGAGAUUAGUGCUGAAGAGCAGCUAAGGCUCCUGCAAGAGGAGAAGCUUUGCAAAAUCUGUAUGGAUAGAAAUAUUGCUGUGGUUUUCAUUCCUUGUGGACAUCUGGUCACUUGUAAACAAUGUGCUGAAGCAGUUGACAAAUGUCCCAUGUGCUACACAGUCAUUACUUUCAAGCAAAAAAUUUUUAUGUCUUAAUCUAACUCUACAGUUAGGCGCAUUAUGUUCUUCUCAUUACCCUGAUUGAGUGUGUGAUGUGAACUGACUUUAAGUAAUCAGCAUUGAAUGCCAUUAGCAUUUGCUACCAAGUAGACAAAAUGUAAACUACAGUGUUCUAGUUCGUAAUCUAAAAUUUGAAUUUCAGGAUUUUGGGGGAUAUUAGCUAUGUUGUAUAUCUUCUUUUUUUUUUUUACCGUUAUUUAAUUGAAAUCUAGACUAAGAAGCAUAUUGUAACUGAUCACAAUGUGUAUUUGUAGUACACUAACUUAGUUUCUAAGUGUAAGUGAAUUAAUCAACUGAAUUUUUCAUUCUUUUCAUAUAGGCUUAACAAAUGGAGCAUUCUGUGUAAACGUGGAGAUUAGUUAAUCUCCCCAAUCACAUAAUUUGUUUUGUGUGAAAAGGAAUGAACUGUUCCACACUGGUGGAAAGAUACAGAUUAUUUUUAGAUGUUUGUCUUUGUGUUUUAGGAUUUUGUCCAUUCUCUUUUAAAAUUAUACACACGUGCUUGGGUGGGUGAUUGUAAAAAAUGAUUUUGCCAUUGUUAAAAGGGUAUUUAAGGAUAGAAUACCAUCUAGCCAACAUGUACUGACAUGGAAAGAUGUCAAAGAUAUAUUGAGUGUAAACUGAAGUGGCAAAACACUGUGUAUAGAAUGAGUCAGAUGAAGGUGUGUGUGUUUUGUAUAUGUAUAGAACAAAAGAUUUGGACGGAUAAAGCACCAAACUGUUAAAUGUGGUUUCUCUUGGGUGGGGGCGGUAGGGCCCAGAGGGGGGUUGCAGGGGCCUUUCACUUUCUACUUUUUCAUUUUGUUCUGUUUGGAUUUUUUAUAAGUAUGUAUUACUUUUGUAAUCAGAAUUUUUAGAAAGUAUUUUACUGAUUUAAAGGCUUAGGCAUGUUCAAACGCCUGCAAAACUACUUAUUGCUCAGCUUUAGUUUUUCUAAUCCAAGAAGGCAGAGCAGUUAACCUUUUUGGUGCCAAUGUGAAAUUUAAAUGUUUUUAUGUUUUUCCUGCUUUGUGGAUGAAAAAUAUUUCUGAGUGGUAGUUUUCUGACAGGUAGACCAUGUCUUCUCUUGUUUCAAAAUAAAUAUUCCUGAUUUUGUAAAAUGAAAUAUAAAAUAUGUCUCAGAUCUUCCAAUUAAUUAGUAAGGAUUCAUCUUUAAUCCUUGCUAGUUUAAGCCUGCCUAAGUCACUUUACUAAAAGAUCUUUGUUAACCCAGUAUUUUAACCAUCUGUCAGCUUAUGUAGGAAAAAGUAGAAGCAUGUUUGUACACUGCUCGUAGUUUUAGGGACAGCUUUUCCAUGUUGAGCUUCUCAUAUCAUCUCGUAUUUUAAAGUUUCGUGUGCGUUUUUACUGUUAGGAUAAUUAAGAUGUAUAUAGGACAAAAUGUCAAGUCUUUACCUAAAUUGUUUUGUUUCCUUGACUGGUAAUAGUAGUAGAUGCUUCUGAAAUAAAUAUUCUCUCAAGAUCCUUAAAAUCUCUUGGAAAUUACAAAAUAUUGACAAGAAAACGAGAAUACUUGUUUAAAUAUUAAAAAGAAAAUAAAACUUGAAUAAAAGUCAAUAGAGAUAAAAAAUAAGUUUAGAAGUGCUUCAUACAACACCCAGGGUUUGCUUUACAAGAUUCUUAAACUGACCUGUCGUAGAGGUGAAUGAGGCAUUUUACUGCGGAGAAACGUUUGAGAGUGAAACUUAAAAAUUCUAUUUUCAUCGUAUUUUCUAAGAGAAAGUAUUGUCAAGUUCUCAUCACCUCUGUGGAUGACUAUUUUAAGUGACAGUCAUUUAAAGCAUUGCAAAUUUAAAUGAGAACUUUUUAAAUUAAAUAAUGACUGCCCAUGGGUCUUUGUUUUAUCGUGUAAACUCGCAGCUCUUUACCUUUGCACUUCCACUUAGGUUUAAUUAAAUGUUCAUUAAGUUAAAUUUUACAUAUAUAGUCUAAGCUUUGAAUUUAAAGGGGAGAAAAGUGUUAAAGAUUCUUAAAUGUGUUUUCCAGAACACAUCAGCUCCAAGUCAGGUAGUUAGUUCAAUCUAGUUGUUGGCCAAGGACUGAAUUGUUUUAACAUAAGGCUUUUCCUGUUCUGGGAGCCUCAGUUCAUUAAAACUCCUCUUUUAAAACUUGUAUGUUUAGAGUUAAGAAAGACCUUUUCUCUCCCCAUGAGUUGUGAAAUGUAAUGCAUGAAGCUGAUGUGGCUAACAAGUUUAUUUUAAGAAUUGUUUAGAAAUGCUGUUGCUUCAGGUUCUGAAAUCACUCAGCACUCCAACUUCUAAUCACAUUUUUUUUUAAGACUUACCAAUGUUUGUCUGUGUUCUCACUAUAAAAAGCACUGGAUCCCUUCCAUCUAGUUGUGCAAAAAAUGAUUACUUGCAAGGUCAAAAAUAUAACGAGAUCCAAAUCUGCGCCUCCCCCUUUCCCAGAAUAGUUCUCCGUAUCUACAUGUAGACAUUCCUUUUCUGUUAGAAAGUUCACUCUAAAGAUUUUGAAGUCACCACCUAUUUUACUACAUUUUAGUUCAUGCGAAGAGUCAGGUUGUUUGGUACUAAGUAGUUCUCUUUAUUCAUAAUAAUUUGGUGUGCUGAUCAAAAGCCUUGUUUUAAUUUUUGAAAAAUGGGUUUCAUGUUUAUAAAGUAAACUCCAGUAUAUUAAUUAACGGCUUUGUAUUGCCUUUCCUGCUAGGUUCGUUCUUAGUUGUUUUUUUUCCCCUUUGGUUAAGGGCUAAGAUGGGGUAGCGUGGGUGUGAUGGGUGUAUAUAAUGUGAUUUGGCCCUGCGUAACUAUGAUCUUUUGUUUUUGUGGUUAUAUUAUUUAAAUUUUGGUAGGUUUUUUUUUUCCUGUUUUGAGUGGAUAAAACUGGUGUUUUGAACUCUCUGAAUGGAGACUACCACCACAGCAUUAGGGGCGUGUAUUGUACUCUUUAAGCCCAAAUCAUUGUUUUAUUUCCUGAUUCCCCAGGGGAUGAAUAUGAGGGGAAAGGGUGGGGGAGUGGGAGAAAUGGGGUAGGUUUUUCAUUUCCAUUAGAGAAAUAAGAAAACAGGAGGGGAUAGUUGACAGAUGUAGUUAUUUUUAGCCAAGUCUGUUUUAAAAAAGAGAGCUGUUUCUUCAUCUCUGACAUAAGAGUAAUACCUAUCUUACAACAUCAGGAGAGUUCAGGGAGACCCUGGAUGUCACAUACUUGCUACAGAUGUUCAUUCCCUUCCCAGCACACUCUCUCACCCUCCAGGGGUUUGCCUUGACUCUGGAAAUUUGGGCUAAAACUUAGAUGAUAACUCUUUCAGUGACUCUUACUCAUCUUUUUUGGAGUUUCUCAUAGUUAAGAUGUAAAUUAUAAUAAAUAGGUCAGGUCCUUAAAAAUAUUUAAGUUCUGUUUUAAAAAAUCUGGAAAAAAAAAAACUUCUUAUCGAAUUCGGGUGAGCUUUCCUAAUAGGAACAGUUGGCUUAUUCCCACUUUCAUUAUCAGUGUCAAUUUGACUCUUAAUCACUUAGCACAAUGUGAAUUUCACUAGCGGCAUACUAGAAUCCUAGAGUGUCGGAGCUAGAAGUGACCUUAGUAUCUGAUUCUUCCCCCUCAUUUUACAGGUGAGACAACUGAGGCUCAAAGGUGAAGUGAUUUAUUCAAAGCUAUCUAGCUAAUUAGUGGCGGCCCAGACUGGGACAUAGUUUGAAGGUGAAAAACUUCAAGUUACCUCUCCUGGGAGGUCUCAAAUGUUUAUUUUUUCAACUAUUCUUUCUUUUAUACCAUAACUUUCACUACAUAUUAAAUGACACUUUAUGACUAAUACAAUAGGACAAUCUUAAAUACAUAUAUCUUCAAAUUGUACAAUACUACAUUAAUAUUUUGGGUGGUAAGAUUGUAUUUUGAAGACUAAAGUUUGCAAAUAUGCAGAGGUUUUUUUGACAUUUCCUACAUUCUUAUUGUGUAUCAUUAAUACAACAUUUAAAAUUACUAUAUAAGUAUAUUUUGUCAUUUUCUCUAUACUUAGUAACAAAUUUGCAUUUUCGAUUUGAUGUACUAAAGGCUUUAAUGUAAUUUUUGUUAGAAGAUUUUGCAUUUUUUCAUUACUGUUAUAUUUAAUCUGACAGAAUGACGGAUUCUUAUGUCAUUGUAUUAGUGUUGUGAAUAAUCGUGAAAUGUUUUCAGAUAGAGUGCUAUAUUUGUGAAUAUAAUUUUAUGACGUUUUUCAUUUAGUAGAAACCUUUCCAUCACUAUGGAAAACAAAGAAAAUUGCUUUCCACUGUACAAUCUGGCAGUCAUCAUAGAUUAAAGCUUAUUUUUCUGUGAAUAAAACUUAUUCAAUAAAGUACUAUUCUUUAAAAU